AUGGCGGCGCGCGGAAGACGAGAUGGCGGCGUUGACCGCGAGGCAUCGGGGCUCGCGGGGCAGGCGAGGCGGCAGCCGGCAGCGCGGCAGGCGUGCGGCGCGGCAGCAGGAAGCGGGGGCAGGAGGCGUCGGGGCUCGCGGGGCAGGCGAGGCGGCAGCGGGCAGGGGGGGCAGGCGGCAGCGCCUCAGCGACGGCGGCUGACGCGACGCGACGCGGCGGCCGAGGCGGAAGUGGCGCCGCAGGCCGAGGCGGAAGCGGGGGCGGCCGAUGCAUCGAGCGAGGCAGAAGCGGGCGAGGCGGAAGCGGACGGCAAAGGCCUGCCCCACCGCCGCCCCUAUGUGUCUCGUGCUCCCGCCGCCGCCGUUGUCAUAGAGUUAGGGUUCGGGUGGGGAAUCAGAAGGGAAGGGCAAAAAAGGAAACUAAGAAAGAAGUCAAAUAAGGAAUUAUCUCCAGAUCUCCUCCCUUCCGCCGCCGCCGCCGCUCAAAAAUUCCCCACCAGAAACCCUCGCCGCCUCAACCCUCCAUGCCGCCACUCGCAUCUGGAGGAGAUCUUCCUCCGCCUGCCGCCGGACGAGGCUGAGCAUCUCGUGCGCGCCUCCCUCGCCAACAAGUUCUGGCUUGGCCUCCUCUCCGGCGCUCGCUUUCGCGGCCGCUACCGUGAGUUCCAUGGAGCUCCCCCCAUGCUGGGCUUCCUUUAUUCCUGCCACUGGAACUCCCGCCCGAAGAUGGAAGAUAAUAUCCCACACUUUGUCCCCACCACGAAAUUUCGUGCGUGCAUUCCCGACGAUGACUGGGGGGACUGGGAAUAUGAUGCGUGGGACUGCCGCCAUGGUCGUGUUCUCCUUGGCGAUGCGGGCUAUAAACCCAUGACGCUCACCGUUUGGGACCCCAUGACGGGCUGCCGUAGGGAGCUGGAUGCACCCGUCCUGGUGAACAAAAGCUAUGGGGCAGCGGUGCUCUGUGCUGCAAGCGGCUGUGACCACAGUACGUGCCAUGCAGGGCCCUUCCAGGUCGUCUUCAUCGCUCUGAACAAGACUGAUGCUCAUGAUUGUGUUGCACAGGCGUGGGUGACCUUGCCGGUGACAGCGCCUCCUGUCUUCGUCCAAGACACACUUCACUUCAAGCUUCGUAGCUGCGUCGAUGAUCGCCUAGUAGGAAUUCUCAAGUACGACAUGAGCACUAAUUGCUUAUCACUGAUUGAUAUGCCGCUUGUGGGGCCUGUCAUUGCUGAUGAUGUUAUCCUCAUGGCGAUGGAGGAUGACAGUUUGGGGUUUGCACAUGUGGGUGGGUUAAUCCUCAAUCUGUGGUCAAGGCACAUGGAUUCUGACGGAGUUGCAUCAUGGACUCAGCGUACAGUCAUCAAUAUCAACGACAUCCUUCCCAUUCGAAAUCCAAAGAAAAGACUUAGGCUGAUUGGAUCUAUGGAAGGCAUCAAUAUCAUUUUCGUGACCACGGAUCUUGGCAUUUACAAGAUUAAUCUGAAGUCACUACAGUGGAAGAGAGUAUGGGAGAGAGAAAAGUUUCAAGUUUUCAUCCCAUACAUGAGUUUCUACAAUUCACAAGAAAGGGUGACCCCAGUGACGCGGCGCAUUAAGAAUGUGUGGUUGAAUAUGUAUGAGGCUACACUCAUCAACAAGAUAGGUGACAAACUUGGAGGGAACAGGGGUCUCGCGAAGUCCUGAUGAAUUAUGUCAUCAUUCAGUAGCCCUUUUGGUGCAGCGGUGCUUGCUUGUUUUCUCAUGUUGGUAGCUUCUGUCAGUUAGCUUGAUAAUCUCCUGUGUUAGUGGCCGAGUGAAUUGAUUAUCUUUGUAAUGAACCUCUAAUUUGAUGUACCCUGUUGUAGAAUUUACUUGAAAAAGCAUUUGCAGACA